UGCACAUAAUGACAUGUUGACUUAAUGUAUCUUUUUUGUCAAUCUUCAAUAAAAAUUAAUAAAAAGAGAAAAAUGGAUUUUAUCCCCACUGAGUCUGCAGCGCAUGUAGUGGACAAUCGCGGUACUGCAGGGAUCGGCAGCUCCCCGAAAGUGAAAGGAUUCUGAAUCAGGAAGUGCUGGGAGUUAACAUGGCUUCGAUAGGCCAGGUGGAGAGUUUAACCGAGGAGGUAAUUUGUCCCAUCUGCCUGGAUUUCUUCACCGAUCCAGUGUCACUGGAGUGCGGACACAACUUCUGUCGCUCUUGUAUCACACGGUGUUGGGAAAUGGAUGAGAGAAACUCCUGCCCGGAAUGUAGAGAGGAGAUUGCUGACCGCACCCUCAGGGUCAAUCGGGCCUUAGCAAAUCUGGCUGAAAAAUUUCAAAAUCUAAACCCGAAUCUGAAAGGGAAGGAAAGUAAACUUCACUGCGAGGAACAUGAGGAAGAACUGAAGCUGUUUUGUGAAACGGACAAGACACUGAUCUGUCUGAUCUGUAGAGAUGCGCAGGAACACAGAGAGCACCGUUUCCUGCCGAUUAAAGAAGCUGUUACAAUCUGCAAGGAUCAGCUGAAAUCUUCCUUAGACUCUCUCACAAAAAAGAAAUCAGACUUCCUGGAAAUGGAGCUGCAACAGAAAGAGAAGAUUUCCGGAGUUCGGGAACAGUCAUACAACAUUCAGACCCACAUCACAUCCCAGUUUGCUGAACUGUGCCACAUUAUCACUGAGAAAGAGCAGAGCUUACUCAGGGAUAUCAGGGAAGAAGAGGAGAGGAUUCUAAGUCGAAUGGAGAAAAAUAUUCGAGAGAUUCAAGAGAAUAUAAGGAUUAUUCAGGAGGAAAUCUCAAAUUUAAAUGAACAGAUGGUUCAAAAAGACAGUGUGAUAUUUCUCAAGGAGGAGGCUCGUCGGAACAGGAGGAUUAAUGACGAUGUCCAAGAAUUGUCAGUGACAGAUGAGGCCCUACCAGUUGAAAAAUUCGAUCACCUCUAUUUGUUGAACACAGUGCUGAGAGGAACACUCGAUCCCAUUAAUCGAGUCUCUGUCACCCUGGAUGUGGAAACGGCGAGUCCGCGGCUCGACGUGUCUGAGGAUCGGAAGAGUGUGAGAUGCAUCGGGACCCAAAGGAAUCUCCCUGAGACGGGGAAGAGAUUCACACACUGGUUUUGCGUGCUGGGAUCCGAGGGAUUCACAUCGGGGAGACAUUACUGGGAGGUGGAGGUGGCGGGGAAUCGAUGCUGGUGGCUUGGAGUCGCCGCAGAGUCUGUGGAGAGGAAGGGAUGGUUCAGACUGAGUCCGGAGACUGGAUUCUGGGUCAUUGGGCGGUCUUAUGACGUGAUCGUUCUUCCCACCUCCCCUGUGUCCCGCCUCGCUGCCGGUCCCAUACCUGGGAGGGUGGGGGUUUAUCUCAGUUACGAGUCCGGAACAGUUUCAUUUUACAACGCGGAGACCAAGUCCCAUCUCCACACCUUCACUGGGAAUAAAUUCACGGAGAAACUUUAUCCUCUCUUCUGCACUUGGGAUGAAAACCAGUGGCUGAGAAUCUGCUCCGGUUCCGCUCCAGGUCUGUAAACGUGUCAUCUCUAGGCACCGGCGUCAGGUGUAAUAAAUAUAAAUAUGCGGAGAGUGAAAUAAACACAAGCUGAGAA